GGGAACAAAGAAAAGGGCUGGAAUGACCCUCCCCAAUUCUCUUAUGGCUUGCAGGUGUCUGGAGGUGGAAAACGCACACUGUUGAAUAAAAGAGUACCAGUACCGUUACAGGAUCCUCCUACAGCAUCUUCCGGGCAACCACUUUCUUCUUCCACCCCUCCAAAGAUGCCACCAACCGAUCCAAAAACCAACACUGGCCCUCCUCCUUUAGGACAAGUCUGCUCACCCCUCAGAACAGGCAACUUAAAGUCGUGUUCCAGUCAAACAGAAUCUGAGGCUCCUGUAGACAUUAAGGAUGUUCUAACCCCACUCCAUGACAUUUUGGAGGACUGCAAGGACUUAAUUAAGAAACAAGUGUUUCUUGAUAUAAGCAAGAGACUUGCCAUGUUGGAAGAAAUGUGGAACAGUGGAAAGCUAUCAAGUCCCGUGCAGAGAAGAAUGGGAAUACUGGUAAAGGAGUUGAAAAAGUCACAACUGGGAUUCUGCCGAUGAAAUCCACAGGUCCCUGAUGGUUGAUCAUGUAAACGAAGUCAGCCAGUGGAUGGUGGGAGUGAAACGUUUAAUUGCUGAAGCAAGAAACUUACCUCAUGAGGCGCUGUCUGCAAAAGAUGAGGCUGUAACAGAGGGCACCGACAGUAUCCAACAAGACACAUAG